CACAAUAGCAGGCCACUCCUCACCAGAUCCCUGUGGAGUUAAAAAAAACACACCAGGUCUUAAGACAUUACUCUGGAGAGUCUAGUCAAACCACCGACUCUAGAAAAGUUUAAUGAAGAAUUCAAGUUCUUUGAAAAGAGUAAAAUUCCCAGAAGAAUGGCUUAAUUGUAUUCAUCUCUGUGGUAUUUGAUCAACUGGGACCUCCUGGAGAGUACUUCACCCAUCAUUGGACCAUCCCAUAGCUAAGAUGUCCCAAUCUUCACCAGAUGAAGGCCCUACGUUUGAACAUCUCUGGAGUAGUUUAGAACCAGACAGUACUUACUUUGAUAUCCCACAAACCAACCUCUCUGGCAGCAAUGAGGCUGUGCCAAACUUACCACAGAACCAAACCGAAGUGUGCAUGGACGUCUUUCAGAUGAGAGAUAUGAAUGAUUCUAUGAUGUCCCAGUUUAAUUUGCUAAACAGCAGCAUGGAUCAGAGUAUCACCAACCGUGCAUCCUCCGCCAGCCCUUACAACUCGGAGCACACCUCGAAUGUCCCGACGCCGUCUCCCUACUCACAGCCAAGCUCCACGUUUGACACUAUGUCGCCAGCUCCAGCAAUCCCUUCCAACACAGACUAUCCAGGACCACAUUUAUUUGAAGUAACUUUUCAGCAAUCAAGUACUGCUAAGUCAGCUACCUGGACUUACUCUCCAUUGCUGAAGAAACUGUAUUGUCAAAUUGCAAAAACAUGUCCAAUCCAGGUGAAACUGACCUCACCACCACCUCCAGGUAGUGUGGUGCGUGCAAUGCCGGUCUAUAAGAAGGCUGAGCAUGUGACUGAAGUGGUGAAACGCUGCCCCAAUCACGAACUUGGCAGAGACUUCAAUGAUGGCCAGUCCGCUCCAGCAAGUCACCUGAUCAGGGUGGAAGGAAACAACCUUGCUCAAUACAUUGAUGAUGCUGUCACAGGACGGCAGAGCGUCUUGGUGCCAUUUGAGCCUCCACAGGUAGGAACAGAGUUCACUACAAUUCUCUACAAUUUCAUGUGCAACAGUAGCUGUGUAGGUGGAAUGAAUCGAAGACCUAUCCUCAUUAUCAUCACCUUGGAAACAAGGGAUGGCCAGGUUCUUGGACGCCGGUCAUUUGAAGGUCGAAUCUGUGCUUGCCCAGGAAGAGAUCGGAAAGCAGAUGAGGACCAUUACCGUGAGCAGCAAGCCAUCAAUGAGAGUGCAGCAAAAAAUGGAAAUGGUAACAAACGCACCUUCAAACAGACACCACAGGGAGUUCAGGGGCCUAGUGCGGGUAUCAAAAAGAGGAGGCAUGGAGACGAGGAGUUUUUCUAUGUACCUGUACGAGGACGAGAAAACUUUGAAAUCCUCAUGAAGAUCAAGGAGAGCCUGGAGCUGAUGGAAUUGGUACCUCAGCAACUUAUCGACUCAUACCGGCAGCAGCAACAGCAACUGCUACAGCGCCAACAGCAGGCUUCAUCAUCUUAUGGAGCCGUGAUACCACCCACAAGCAAGGUACCCAACAUGAUGAACAAACUGCCUUCUGUCAACCAACUGGUGGGACAGUCUUCCCAGCACAGCCCGAGUACCUCAGCCAACCUUGGACACAUGGGCCCAACUCUAAUGAACAGCCACCAUCAUCAUCACCAUCACCAGAUACCAACUAAUGGUAAUGUGAAUGGGGGAAGUUCCUCACAGUCAGCAGGCAUGGGGCCAAAUUCACACUGCACUCCUCCCCCACCCUACACUGCAGACCCAGCUUUAGUCAGUUUUUUAACAGGUCUGGGCUGUCCUAACUGUCUGGAAUAUUUCACCUCACAAGGGCUGCAGACAAUGUACCACUUGCAGAACCUUUCCUUGGAGGAUUUGGGAGCACUAAAGAUUCCAGAACAGUACCGCCUUCUGAUUUGGAGAGGGCUUCAGGAGUUCAAACAGGGACACGACUAUAGCUCGCAGCAGCUGAUCAGGUCAAGCAACAACGCCAGCACAAUAAGUGGGGAACUGCAGCGCCAACGGGUGAUGGAAGCUGUCCACUUCCGAGUGCGUCAUACCAUCACCAUUCCCAAUCGGGGGGAUGACUGGGGAGACUUUGGUUUUGAUGUACCAGACUGCAAGACUCGGAAACAGUCCAUCAAAGAGGAGUUUACUGAGAGUGAGCUAAAUUAAAGACCAAAAAAAGGGAAAUGCCGAUAAGAGAAACUCUGCAGUUUUUCAUUUUGCUAAAAGCACUGACUGUUGUAAAAUAAGCUGAGUGUGUACAUACCAUAUAUGCUGUAGUGCUACAAACCGUUGUCCCUGGUGGGUGCAUACCCAUGCACGUUGAAUACUUAAUUUGCAACGCAAAAGGGUUUGGAUAAUCAAACAUGUGUCAUUGGAUCACCUCCUCAUUGUUUUUUCUUGCAGCUAACGUUUUUCUCCUUUCCUCGUCCUUUGCCUUCAUACAAUCAGUUCCAAUCAGGAAGACAGAUUCUCUCCAUCCAGAAGUGCCACAAUCCCUAUAUCCCAUCAAUCCGUGAAUACGGGUCUAUGGAACUUAUUCCAUUUAAACUCAGCAAUUUCCAUAUUCCUCCUACCUCCAUCUUUAUCUUCUGUUAAUCUCUUAAAUGUGACAUUCACUCACUUGCUGAUCUCCCAAAAUAUAUUUCUAAACAGUCAAGGCUUGUCAGUCCACUACAGGAGGGGUGGAUUUGCUGUUCCUCAUUAUUCACAAAAUUGUAAACUCCCAUAGUUCAGUUUUGUUUUCUUUGAUGAUAAAGAAAAUGUUUGAUAACGUGAAAUGUGUUCUUAAAUUUUACAGAUAUUCAGAUAAAAAAAAACUUAUCAGCUCAAGUGGAGAUCUUCCCACCUUAUCACCCUUCUGGUCGUUAUGCACACGAAGUUAGUGAUAUCUUGUGGGAUAAUGAACAUGGUUAAGAGAAAGGAUUGAAGCAGAAUGAAUAAGGAAAUGUGCACAUUUUAGGCUUACCAUUAAAGUUAAGUUAUUUCUGUGUCCCAGGAGGACAGGGAGGAGUUUGAUGGUUUAUUGGAUGAGGGCAGUCUCUUAAGAACUCUGCGCCAGUUAAAUAAACACUGGAAAUAUGGAAUGAAACAGAAAAUGCUGGAGGUUAGCACUGCAGCCUCACAGCACCAGGGACCCGGGUUCAAUUCCAGCCUCGGGCAACUGUCUGUGUGGAGUUUGCACAUUCUCCCCGUGUCUGCGUGGGUUUUCACCCACAGUCCAAAGAUGUGCAGGCUAGGUGGAUUGGCCAUGCUAAAUUGCCCGUAGUGUUCAGAGGGUGUGGGUUA